AGGAGGGAAAGCGGCGAGUAAGAUGGAAGAUGAGGAGGUCGCUGAGAGCUGGGAGGAGGCGGCAGACAGCGGGGAAAUAGACAGACGGUUGGAAAAAAAACUGAAGAUCACACAAAAGGAGAGCAGGAAAUCCAAAUCUCCUCCCAAAGUGCCCAUUGUGAUUCAAGACGAUAGCCUUCCCACGGGGCCCCCUCCACAGAUCCGCAUCCUCAAGAGGCCCACCAGCAACGGUGUGCUCAGCAGCCCCAACUCUACCAGCAGGCCAGCCCUUCCUGUCAAGUCCCUAGCGCAGCGGGAGGCAGAGUACGCAGAGGCCAGGAGACGGAUCUUGGGCAGUGCCAGCCCUGAGGAGGAACAGGAGAAACCCAUCCUUGACAGGCCAACCAGGAUCUCCCAACCCGAAGACAGCAGGCAGCCCAGUAAUGUGAUCAGACAGCCUUUGGGUCCUGAUGGGUCACAAGGCUUCAAACAGCGCAGAUAAAUGCAGGCAAGAAAGGAUGCCGCUGCCGCCACCAUCGCCUCCUGGAUUGUCUGCCAUGGGUCGCACUGCCGUGGCAGACAUCUGGACUUGAGCAGAGGGAACGACCUGACUUACUUGCACUGUGAUCCCCCUUGCUCCGCCCACUGUGACCUUGAACCCCAUGCACUGUGACCUCUGCCUCCCCCCCUUCCCACUGUGAUUGGCGUGUUGACAAGGGCUGUCCUAAGUCAAUAGAAAGGGAAAGGGUGGGGAUUAGGGGAGGAUUGGGGGAACCUACCAAGGACUCAGAGUAGAGGGUCAGACAGUGCCACUUGGCCUCUUGGGGUAAAGCCAGUGCCAGCAAUAACAGUUUAUCAUGCUCAUUAAUUUGGGAUUUCAAAAGACAAAUGAAAACUCCCCCACCCACCCCAAGUGCAUGUCACCAUCACUUAAAAGGAAGUUCCAUUGAAAA